UUCUCUGAUUGGUCCAUAUGUUGUCAGUGUACUCGGGAGUUGGAAGCCGGGUACCUGCCGCUCCUCUUUCAGCCUUAGUCACUUUCAACUCAGUUAACCUGGAAUACGGGACAAGACGUCAUUCCACCUCCUCAUAUCAUCGCUGACUGUGUUCUAAGGCUAUAAGAUGUCUCAAAAGAUCAAGGCAGGCUCUGUGGUGGAGAUGCAGGGAGACGAAAUGACUCGAGUCAUCUGGGAGCUCAUUAAGGAGAAACUCAUCUUGCCAUACCUGGAGCUUGACCUGCACAGCUAUGACCUUGGUAUGGAGAACCGCGAUGCAACAGAUGACCGAGUGACGGUUGAGGCGGCAGAGGCAGUCCGACGUUACAACGUGGGCAUCAAGUGUGCCACCAUCACACCUGAUGAGAAGCGUGUGGAGGAAUUCAAGCUUAAGCAGAUGUGGCGUUCUCCCAAUGGCACCAUCCGUAACAUCCUAGGAGGUACGGUGUUCAGGGAGGCUAUCAUCUGCAAGAACAUCCCUCGUCUGGUGCCUGGCUGGAUCAAGCCAAUUAUCAUUGGCAGGCAUGCCCAUGGAGAUCAGUACAAAGCCACAGACUUCGUCGUGCCUGGGCCUGGGAAAGUGGAGAUGACCUACACGCCCACAAAUGGAGAGCCAGUUAAAUUUGUCAUCCACGAAUUUGCAGGCACUGGUGGUGUAGCCAUGGGGAUGUACAAUACAGAUAAGUCCAUCAGGGACUUUGCCCACAGCUCCUUCCAGAUGGCUCUGACCAAAGCGUGGCCCCUGUAUCUCAGCACCAAGAACACCAUCUUGAAGAAGUAUGAUGGUCGCUUUAAAGACAUCUUUCAGGAGAUCUACGAGAAGGAGUACCGUGCUCAGUUUGAGGGCAAAGGCAUCUGGUAUGAGCACCGUCUGAUAGAUGACAUGGUAGCCCAGGCCAUGAAGUCUGAGGGAGGCUUCAUAUGGGCCUGCAAGAACUACGAUGGAGAUGUACAGUCUGACUCUGUUGCACAAGGCUACGGCUCCUUGGGUAUGAUGACCAGUGUGCUGAUCUGUCCUGAUGGACGCACAGUGGAGUCUGAGGCUGCUCACGGCACAGUGACUCGCCACUACAGGCAACACCAGCAGGGAAAGGAGACCUCCACCAAUCCCAUAGCCUCCAUCUUUGCAUGGACUCGAGGGCUGCUCCACCGAGCAAAGCUGGACAACAAUGCAGAGCUGCGAGUGUUCUCUGAGGCGCUGGAGGCUGUUUGCAUCGAGACCAUUGAGGCUGGUUUCAUGACCAAGGAUUUGGCUAUCUGCAUCAAAGGCCUGCCAAAUGUGACACGUGCUGACUACUUGAACACCUUUGAGUUCCUGGACAAGCUGGCAGAGAACCUGAAGAUUAAGUUAGCCAGCCAGCCCAAACUGUGAUCUCUCCUCGUGGCCUAAGCAGUUUAAACAUAUACACACACAUGUUCAAUCACAUGCACACAGUGACAUCUAUACAACUGGAGCAGGGAGGAGUCUUCCCAGGAUUCCAGGAGACUUAGGGACUAAAACAGAAGUCAUUUCCCGACUGGUCUGAUCAAGCAGGUUGCCUUUUCACUAAGGAGGCUUCUUAACAGGAUCGGCCACCAUCCCUGUUAAGGACUCACUGAUAUUCAGCCGUACUCGAGACAGUGAAAGUCGUCUCCGGGAUUGAUACUGAGCAAAUAACCUGACGGCUUUACCAUAAUUGCACUACGUUCCCCGAAGUGAGUGUGAUGUGUGGUGUUAGUAUUUGUUGGAGAUCUGUGCUAGACAGGGGACAGAAUCUGUCUGAGGGACUCUCUUGACUCUCACUGCCUUAUUUGUUUUGUGUCAAAGUCAUAGGUUGAUUCUUGUAAUCUCCUGUGUCCUGUCAUGUUUUUACAAUACCUCAAGAAACAUUCUGUUUUAGUGUCAGUUGAAAAAUACAGCACCUGUAUUUCAAACAUGACAGCCCUCAGCAUACCAUUACUGUUCAGCAGCAUGAAACAUUUGGUCUGGUAUUCUCAUUUAUAGUAUUCAAACAAUGGUCCUGCCUCUGCGCAAUAUGAUUACAGUACAUUGCUUUUAGAUUUUGUGCUCUUAUUGACUUUACUAGUCACGGUUGUUUAAGAGGUGUAUUUAUUUGUCCUUCCUUUGUGUAUGUGUGUGCGCGUGUGUGUGUUAACAUCCAUUAUUUCAAUGAUGUAUAUUCUGGCCAAAAUUCUUCAUCAGAUUGUCUGUCUUUUGGUUUGUAAUCAUCAUUGUGCCCAUCAAGUCCUAAUGUGUUAACUCAUAAUAAAUGAGUUUUUCCAUAAA